ACGAGCGUAGACAUUAUCAUCGAUAAUCACUCGUGACUUUCCAUUCAGCAACAAUGAACACCACAGGGGUUAUAUUAUUUAUCAAUUUUGCCGUUUCGUUAAUGCUAGUGGGUAUAGAUCCCCAUUUCUGCAGUGCCGAUCAUUCUACACAAGUCUACCUACCGCAGCAACUCACGGGACGACUAUGUCGACGGGAACCUGCUGGAAUAGGAAGCAAAAAAUAUUUAGGUGAUGGUGGGUUUAAAAUCAAGGUAUCCGGAGACCCUGAAAAAUAUAUACCGGACAAGGUUUAUACUGUAAUCCUUCAGAGACUUGGAAUCCAAUUCAACAUCCAUCAGUUUAUGGGAUUUAUGCUGGUGGUACAGAAAAGUGUGAACCUGACCUCAACUAACCAAACCGUGACCCCAGAAGUUGGCUAUUUUCAACUGUUUGGAGAUGCCCUUUCGACCUUCUCAGAAGACUGUCCGAACACCAUUGUCCAAACUUCUAGCAUUCCAAAGUCAGAAGUUCAAGUGAUGUGGCGGGCACCACCGAGUGGAUCAGGCUGUGUAGUUUUCAAAGCAACGGUGAUAGAGAACCAGAAGAAGUGGUAUAUGGACGACGGCGGAUUGACACAUGUUCUUUGUGAGGAAAAAAACGAAAGCCUAGAAGAACAGACCACAACCCUUGAAUACUGUUGUGCUUGUGACGAAGCUAAGUAUGAAGUAAUUUUCGAAGGAUUAUGGUCACGACAAACACAUUCCAAGGACUUUCCAAAUAAUGAAUGGCUGACUCACUUCUCGGACAUAAUCGGCGCCUCCCAUGGAGCAUCCUUCCGGAUGUGGGAAUACGAUGGAUACGCUUCGGAAGGAGUACGUCAGCUGGCAGAAUGGGGUGCCACAAAAGAGCUGGAGGCAGAGCUGAAAGCAGAGUCCCACAAGAUCCGCACAAUCAUCAAGGCAAGAGGAUUACGGUAUCCAAAAAUGAAUAGUAAAACUUUUGCAGUUUUCCGAGUGGACAGAAAACACCAUUUAAUGUCUCUUCUAAGCAAGCUUGGACCCAGCCCAGAUUGGAUAGUAGGGGUGAACAGACUCGAACUGUGCCUCAAGAACUGCUCGUGGGUGAAUGAAAAAGUUAUUAACUUAUACCCGUGGGAUGCUGGUACAAACAGUGGAGUCACUUACAAUUCAUCAAAUAACCUAACAAAUCCUCAGGAAAAAAUUCAACAAAUUUCAUCGAAGUUUCCAAAAAACUCUCAAUCUCCGUUCUUUAACCCUACUGGUGUCCAGAUGAAGCCUGUCGCCAGGUUAACGGUCUCUAAGCAACGUGUUUACGAGAAGUCUUGUAAUCAGAUCGACGGUACUUUCACAUAUACGGCAGGAGAACCGGAAUACGAUCACGAAAGGCCUGCGUGUGCUGUUACUAAAUGGACAGAGUUCUCCGCUUGUAGUGUCUCCUGUGGUCAUGGAAUUCGGGUGCGGAGAAGAAAAUACUUGAAUGAACAAAAAGCAAAUAAGGUGGAAUGUCUAAAUCAGCUGGAAGAGAAGAAGCUCUGUGACAUUGACUGUGUAGGCUGUAACACAACACCUUGGAAUAACUGGUCCGACUGCAGCGUCACUUGCGGUAAGGGAUCUCGUACAAGAAAACGGAAAUAUCUUCACUCUAAGGCGAGGAAAUUCUGCUACCUGAAUCUAACAGAGAAAGAAGGGUGCAUGGGGAUAAAACCUGAAUGCGACGGAAGAAGACUAAUUGACAAAAGAUGUGCGGUAACCUGGUGGUCAGAAUGGUCGCCGUGUGCAGCAACGUGUGGUAAGGGUAUCAAGGUCCGCACGCGACGAUACCUAAGCCCUGCAGCUACAAAUAAAUGCAACCUUGAGUUAAUGGAAAAGACAACCUGUGUGGCUGAUAGAUUAGAUUGUACCCUCUACUUUUUUGAUGCAAAAGAGAUAUGUAACGAGCCUAAAGAGGUUGGACCUUGUAGGGGCUAUUCUUCCCACUGGUAUUUCGAUCCCACGAAAGGAAUGUGUCUACAGUUCAUUUAUGGUGGCUGCCGUGGAAAUCGAAACAAUUUUAAAAGAUACUCCGAUUGUAAACAGUUUUGCGAGAUGACGAUGUCAAAAGCAGCUCCUGCGAGUUCCGUGAACACUCUGUCGACAUCCCCUGCUUUUUCUGAAAGAACUAGUGAUUUGGUUGUAUUAGACUGUAAGGUCACUGGAUGGUCUGACUGGACAUCCUGUAGCGCCACCUGCGGGAAUGCUUGGAAACAACGGAGGCGAAUGAUGAAGGUAGAACCGCAACAUGGCGGAAAAUCUUGUCGACGAAAGAUGAAGCAAAGACACAAGUGUCGAAAUAUUCCAAAAUGUCGAAGGCCUGUAGUUUUAUAGAUGUCUAUAUUGUAAAACGCUAAGCUGUUUUAGGUUUUUUUAAUUCUUUUUGUCGUAAACUUGUUUUUUGAAACUCGUAAUCCUUACAUGGUCUAUGGCCGAAAUGCUACUACUGAAUUCAGUUGUCUUGUUUUUUUUUUAGAUGUAAUGACAUUCAACAUAUGAUCUUCAUUUAUAUAUUUUAUUUGAACGUGUGUAUAAGAAGAGCACUAAGAAAAUUAAUCAUUUACUGUUGAUAUUUUUAUCUAACUGCUGUUGGUUUUCUUCAUGUAACUGCUAUUGAUUUUGUUUGUCUAACUUUCAUGUUUAGUUUGUUAGACUAGCAGUUAUUUGUUACAGCUUCAAACUCUAAAUGAAAAACAAGUUUUACCUAACUAGUUCUUAUCUUAUUUACAAAAUAAACAGUGUGUUACAGGAAAGAACUCAAUAUUACAAUACAUCUACCUUAAGUAAUGGUACGUCACUCAACAAUGCUUACAAAGAAAAUACAUGUAAUUAAAAGAAAAAUGUGUGUCAGUCAGUCUGUGCGUGUAUGCUUGCUCAUUCACCUGGAAAACCAGUGUUCCCAUUGACUAAUUCUACGGUGGUAUUUCUACA